UUCUAAACCUAGAACGCCCUUAGGGCAUGCACAUCGCGGUCCCUUGAGGCCCGUCCCUUAAGAAGUUUGGGUUGAAAAUAAAUCAAAAAGAAAAGAAAUUGCGUGGAACGGGCCUAAAAUAAGGGAUUUCGGGCUCGUCCCGUGAGGCGACGUGUCAGCUCGAGAUUGGGCGAUGCUAUCGUCGAAAUUGUCGGUGUCUUCGCGUUCUUUCUCAUUCUGAAAAAGAAAUUGAAAUAGAAAAGCACGAUGGCGAAAAGUUGAUCUCCUCCGAUCGCAAAAUCGAUCCCUCUUUCACCGGUGAUUCAGUCUGUGUGUCUCCUCAAUCGAAAGCCCAACUCACCAAAACGAGAGGUCGCAGAUUCCGUUGGCGUUUGAUCCCCAAAUCGAGAUUCCGAGCUCCAUCGACUUCCGUUCACUUCCGGUCUUGUACGAACGGUCUCAUCUUCCCCAAAUCCUCUGAAUCUCGACCCGAGCUCAAUCCUUCCGCUACCAAGGUUAAGUAAAAAAUGGGACGUUACAGCUACUCGCAGCCAUCAGAAGACGAGACUUUAUUUGGAAACAAUGACGACAGUGACUACAGCGAGACGGAGGAUCUCAUACGACGCGACCAAGCUGAGUUAAGCUUGGAACGUUGUUCACCGGUUCACUACCCCCCGCAACCGGAGGUAGAGUUUGGUUUCCCGCAGGUCUGCUAUUGUGGUGCUCAGCCAGUGCUUGCAACGUCUAACACUAGGAAUGAUCAAGGGAGAAGAUAUUACACUUGUGCCAACAAGGACGAUGGCGAUUGCCAUAUUUUCAAAUGGUGGGAUGACGCGUUGAUGGAUGAGAUGAGAGCCAGAGAUGUACAUGUGUUUCAGCUGGCUGAAAAGGUUGAAAGCCUAACCGUUUUAGCUGACUAUGACACUGAGGAGAAGCUACGAAAGCUAGAGAAGAUUGUUGGUGAUAUGGCUAAGGAGAAAUCAUGUAUGAUCAAAGGGUUUGAGUGCUUUGUAAUAGGCAUAGUUGUUCUUGUUGUGGUAAUAGGCAUGGUGAUUGUCUCAAUGUAUUGAAUCCGUUAAGGAACCUGUUUCUUUCUCCUAA